AUGGGCGCGCUGGACGAGGCUGGCCACUCGGGCCCGCCGUCGAUGGUGCGCCAUACCAAGGGCAAGAACCACUCGGGUCUGCAGAAGCAAGUGUUUAGUUUGUACCGGUCGUACCUCCGCGUGGCGUACGAGAAGCAGCGUCUUGGCGAAGAGGGCACAGUGGCCUUUGUCCGCGACCGGUUCCGGUCCGAGGCCCACUCGAUCGACCGCAUGAACUUCCACAUGAUCGAGUACCUCCUCCGGAAGGGCGAGCGCCAAGUCAAGCAGUUCAAGGCUGCCAAGAACGCCACGUACGUCCAGCCGGCGCAGCAAUAA